UAUGGAUAGCUGCACUUUGCGCCUGACAACACAAACAUGUCCGACUUGUGCAUAAUACAGAAGGUAUAAAUUAAAUACAAAACACGAACGAUAUGAUAUCGUUUUUUUCCAAACUCUCUUUAAAUAACACACAGAAACCACCAUUGGAGCUUGCUAAGCCAGCUUAUAUGGACAAAAGUGCAAGUUUACAAGAGCUCGGAUACAAUGACGAGAAUGACUUGAGAGAGACAAUUUAUGACUUUUUGCGGACCAUACGAGACCCCGAGAAGCCAAAUACGCUCGAAGACUUGAAGGUUGUUUACGAAGAAGGGAUUUUUGUGAAGGACCCAACGGACGACAAAGUGCCUGUUAUUCGCGUUGAAUACAAUCCGACUGUGCCUCACUGUUCUUUGGCGACCCUCAUAGGACUGUGUAUAAGGAUUAAGAUCCAGCGGUCGCUGCACCAUCCUGUUAAGUUGGAUAUUUAUAUCAAAAAAGGCGCACAUACAACUGAAGAUGAAAUCAACAAACAAAUCAACGACAAGGAGCGUAUUGCGGCCGCAAUGGAGAAUCCUAAUUUAAGGAACCUUGUUGAGAACUGUAUCGCAGACGAAGAAUAGAAGUUUACUAGAAAAACUUUAGAGUAGUUACCAUGGCACCGGACGCAGCAUUUUCAAACCUCAGUGACAAGAACGAAUUUACUAAGUUCACUAGAUUCCUCGCCUAUAAAGGCGUUCAGGUCAUAGUAGAAUCUAGGAAAGGGGUAAAAAU